AUGGAUAUCAAAGACAGAAGACACCGUUCUCUGACGAGGGGUCGGUGCGGAAAGGAGUGUCGCUAUACAAGUUCUUCACUGGACAGUGAAGACUGCAGAGUACCAACUCAGAAGUCUUACAGCUCAAGUGAGACGCUGAAGGCAUAUGAUCAUGACACCAGGAUGCACUAUGGAAAUCGAGUUUCUGACCUGGUUCACAGGGAGUCGGAUGAAUUUCCAAGACAAGGAACAAACUUCACCCUUGCAGAACUAGGAAUCUGUGAACCCUCUCCCCAUCGAAGUGGCUACUGUUCAGAUAUAGGAAUACUCCAUCAAGGCUAUUCCUUGAGUACGGGCUCUGAUGCUGACUCAGACACGGAGGCAGGAAUGUCUCCGGAGCAUGCCAUCAGGCUGUGGGGAAGAGGGAUCAAAUCCAGGCGAAGUUCCGGUCUGUCAAGUCGUGAAAACUCAGCUCUCACCCUUACUGACUCCGACAAUGAAAAUAAGUCAGAUGAGGAGAACG